GUAACUUUACAUUUUGACGCUAUCUAUACCUAAAUCCAUUUUUUGAAAUAUCCCACAAGUUGCUAGUACAGGGGGUUCGCACAAAAAGAUCUAUAUCUAGCAAGGGGUGUCCUCACAUCCUUUACCCUAAGUGUUCUUAUUCUCUUCAUAGGAAGGCGAAAUCCAGCGCACACAACCCCUACUCCUUUUUAGCAUCGUUUAGGUAUCGGGUCGUCCUCUACACUGGAUUUCCAUCGAAUAUGGCCACGACGGCUGCUGAAAUACCAACCUUGAAACCUCCGACAACUGAUUCUCAGGCGUCAUGAAGCCAGCCACGCUGAAAGAUCUCUUGUCGAGGGAUUUGGAAAGCAUUUCGCCUCGGCAGGUAGAUUCCAAUGGCUCAGCAGGCCCGGCGCAGGAAGACCAGGGCAUUGGCAUCGUCAGCUUCCUGACUGCGUUCACCGUUGCGUUGAUCAUCUUCGCUGUCCAGAGUGUUUUUUUCCUCCUCCUUCGAAAUAAACUCGCCCGUAUCUUCAAACCGAAAACAUACCUCGUCCCCGAGCGCGAGCGAACGCCUUCUCCCCCGUCGAGUUUCUUCCCUUUGCUAAAAACGCUCCUCUCCUUUCCACAUCGCAAUAUCAUCCAUAAAUGCGGUCUCGAUGCGUACUUUUUCCUUCGCUACUUACGCACUCUGCUGGUUAUCUUCAUUCCUAUCGCUUCCGUAGUUAUGCCCGUGUUAAUCCCGCUUAACUAUGUGGACGGCAGAGGUACGAACAUCAACGUGGAUGAAAACGACCGCAGGCGGAAGUUCAACGAUACCGUCACCGGCCUUGAUACGUUGGCUUGGAGCAAUGUCAAGGCUGAGAAUACGAGUCGCUAUACUGCACAUCUUCUUAUGGCUAUAUUGGUUGUCAUCUGGAUCUGCACCGUCUUCUUCUUUGAGCUCAAAGUCUAUAUCAAGGUACGACAGGACUACCUGACAAGUGCUGAGCACCGUCUCCGAGCUUCCGCCACGACGGUUCUUAUAAGCCAGAUCCCUAGCAAAUGGCUCACCGAGGAGGCUCUUUUCGGUCUCUUUGAUGUUUUCCCCGGUGGUGUCCGUAACAUCUGGCUCAAUCGCGAUCUUUCCGAGCUCCUUGACAAGAUCGCCCUCCGCUGCAAGUAUCACGAGGCCCUGGAGCAAGCUGAGACUGAUUUGAUCAAAGCGGCCAAAAAAGCACAGAGAAAACAGGAAAAGAUGCAGACCAAGCAGACGGCGCACAUGAAUAGGAAGGAGAGAGCCGCUGAUGACGCCAUGAGGGAUGCCAAAGCCGUAGAGAUGGCGACCCGCUAUGCAGGUAUCAAUGCUGGUGAGCCGCAUGAGGUGCCUCACAUAGACAUGGAUUCUGCCCAAGGCAACCAGAGGGCAGACCAUGGGCACGAGAAGCCCGGCUCAAAAUGGUGUAGGAUGCCCCCUUUUGGGGACCGGGUCAAUGAGAUUGACCAUGGCAUCAAGGGUGUAAUCAACAAGGCAUACCAUGGUGUGAGAGGAGAAGAAGCGCUGGAGACAAUAAACGGCUUUGUGAGUCUGACUUCCACGCAAGAGUCCAUCCAGAAUGCUGCGCAUCAGCCCCUUCAAGUGCCCGGGCAACGAGAGGCUGCAUUCACGUCUUCCACAUCGACUGCUCAUACUAGCGGGCACUGUUCGCCGGCAAACUUGGAGAGCUCCUUGAAACCCAAAAAGAAAACGACAUACCAGGGAUUAGCGGGAAACACGGUGCGCCAACUUGAAAACCUCGAAGACCAAUUUAUUAAAGAGGAGACUAAAUUUUGGCAAUUUUGGAAACCCCCGACUGGCGGAUACGCAUCACCUGUCCCUCAAGGCCGACAGGCAGCCGACUUUGUGGCCAAAGAGGCUGCGGACAACACCACAGCUUGGCACAAGUUCAAGGAGGCCGUUUCAUUCCUAACAUCCCACACGCUGACGCCUAUUGAGUAUAAGCAAGCUAUCAAUGCCGAAAAUCAGGACCAAGACGAGACCGGCGCUGUUUGGGAAAAGUACCUUAAGGCGGAAGAUCGACCAACUCACCACCUACUUCCCUUCGGAAACACUGCUCUAUUUAGGAUUCCACUCAUCACAAAGAAGGUCGACACAAUUCACUACUGCCGAAAAGAGCUCGCCCGCCUCAAUGUUGAGAUUGAAGAGGACCAAAAUCAAGUCGAGCGCUAUCCGUUAAUGAACUCCGCCUUCGUCCAGUUCGAGCAGCAGGUAGCAGCUCACAUGGCAUGUCAGAGUACGAUACAUCACUUACCCAAACACAUGUCGCCUCGAAUAGUGGAGAUUUCGCCUCGUGACGUUCUUUGGGAAAAUAUGGCCAUGUCUUGGUGGCAAGUUUGGGCUCGUUCCUUUGGCGUCGUCUGUCUCAUUGUUGCGAUGGUUAUAUCUUGGACUAUUCCCGUGGCCUUCACCGCGACCCUCGGCCAGCUGGACGAGCUCAUUGCGAAGAACGGAUGGCUCUCUUGGUUGGACACUAAUUCUACGGUUAGAAUCGUCGCCGAAACUGUCGCUGGUGUCUUGCCCGCUGCGCUGCUCGCCAUUAUGCUUAUCCUCGCGCCAAUCAUCUUUGCUUUUUUGGGAGGCUUUAGGGGUGCCAAGACCGGUACGCAAAAGGCCGAAUUUGUGCAGAUCUUUUACUUCUUCUUCUUAUUUGUACAAGUCUUUCUCAUUGUGUCGGUUGCGUCGUUCUUCGCCGCUAGCAUCAACGAGCUAGUCCAGAGCAUUGAACAGCUAAGCAGUGCUUCGACUGUGCUUGACUUGCUGGCGACUAACCUCCCUAAAGCUGCCAACUAUUUCUUCUCCUAUAUGAUUUUACAGGCGCUAUCGACCAGCUCCGGGACAUUACUGCAGAUCGGCACGCUGUUUGUCUGGUUUAUUCUGGCCCGUAUCAUAGACAGCACCGCACGUGCGAAGUGGCGCAGAAGCACAACACUGAAUACGGUGGACUGGGGCAAAUUCUUUCCCGUAUAUACCAACUUUGCCUGCAUCGGCAUCAUCUAUAGCAUCAUUGCUCCUCUGAUUUCUGUUUUCGCGAUUAUUACCUUCAGUCUACUGUGGCUGGCCCACAAUUAUAGCAUGCUUUAUGUUACGCGCUUCGAGCACGACACAGGUGGUAUUCUGUACCCCCGCGCGAUCAAUCAAACAUUCACCGGUAUCUACUUUAUGGAAAUUUGCGUCGCGGGACUGUUCUUCAUAGUGAAGGAUGAAAACGGUAACAAUGUCUGCGCGCUGCAUGGUAUUACUAUGCUAGUCGUGACGGCUUUCACCGUGCUGUACCAGGUCCUGCUCAAUCGCUCGUUCUCUCCGCUCUUCCGUUAUCUGCCGAUCACGUUGGAAGAUGAGGCCGUUCUACGAGACGAAACUUUCCGGCGUGCACAGAACAGGCGUCUCGGGUUGGAAGAGUACGAUGAGGAGAAGGAUGACGAGGCGCCCAGCAGCCCCAAGACCGCGCAUUCGCCUGGGCAGCGAACGCCAAGAUUAGGUAGCGAGCAGGGGGAAGAAAUGGAGAUGGAGAAGCUCCGCCAGCGAAGACGCUCGCGCGCAGAGAGUAUGCGCAACCCGAUCAAGUAUGUCGGCGCCUUUGCCAAGGCUGGUGGCGAUCAGGUCAGCGAUGUCAUAGGCACAGAUCAAAGCACGAUACAAUCUCGCAAGUAUGCCAAAGACCUCGAAGUGCAGCGUGCGAUCGGUGAUGCGCUGUACGGCGGGAUGGAUGACGAAAUCGAAGACCUGACACCCGACGAACGAGAUCUCCUCGUCCGCCACGCCUUCAAGCACUCUGCGCUGCGAGCUCGUCGUCCCGUAGUCUGGAUUCCACGGGAUGAUCUGGGUAUUAGCGACGAUGAGAUCCGUCGGACGCAGGCCUAUAGUGACAAUAUUUGGAUUAGUAACGAGGGUACUGCGCUUGAUAGUAAGACGCGUGUAGUUUAUGGGAAGAAUCCACCCGACUUCCUUGAGGUGGAUGUGAUUAACUUGUAGAGAUUGCUCCGACUGGCAGGUUUACUAUUGGAUAUCGCAAGC